AUGUUUCCUGCGCCCUUGAUCUUGACAGCCCACGCGAUAAGCAGGCCGAGGUUUGACCACGGCUUUCGGCCUGGUGCCGCGGACGAUGGGCGCCAAAUCAUGAUGCGAUCAAACAGAGGCGACUUUGGCUUUCACGGCCGCAUCCGUCCUGCCAAGCCUGUCACGCGGGCUCUGCUCAAAGUCCCUCGCUCGAUACCGGCCGACUGCCGGACCGAGACGAUACUCGGAAGGCUCCCUCCGCAGGCUGGGCGGUCGUGCAGCCGACGCGCCGCAAGAUAA